AUCACAUCUCUUAUAAGUGAAGUUGAUGACGCCAAUGUAACUUUGGAGGUUAUAUAUGUAAAUACAUGAGAACUGUGUGGCAUGCUUGUAAAAUUUUCUUUUUUAAGUACAGUUAGUUAGAUUUGCUGAAGAACUGUAGCGCAUUAUAAGCCACAAGUUAUUCUGCUGUACGGCGCUACGCCUGCCACAAAUCUACAGAAGCAAUAUCUAUCCACCUGUAAAAAAAUUAUUAAAAAUAAACAAAAAAUAAUAGAAAGAAUUAAGAAAUUGUUUCCGAAAUCGCUGGAAGUUGCAGAGAGGAGAUAAAAGAGAGAAAUUGUUUCUCUAAUGCCGGGCAGCAUUCAAGUCUCAGUUCUUGGGUUUAUGGAUCAUGCGUCUGCUCCUCCCCUCAGUUCCCUUUCGUUAAGGGUUUCUAUGGGGAAGGAGGAGUAUCGAACUGUGGGGGGUGGAGAAUUGUCUCUCCCAGUGGUGUCUCUUCGAGAGAAUCUAAUUGUGAUGGUUCAUGAUGCCGAGGGAGAAGAGAUUUUGAGAACAGAAUUCAUAACAAUGCUGUUGCUCGAACGGGGGCUUUGGGAUGACUCAUUUCCUCUUAAGAAUGGUGGAUCUCUCCAGAUGAAGCUGCAGUUUUUGCUCAGCGAAGAUGAUCGAAAGCGGAUUCGAGAAAUGAGGGAUGCUGCACUAAAAAAGAGAUGCGUGGAGAAGCCCAGAAUCAGGCAUAGGAGGUCCUUUUCUGACAACAGAAUUGGUUACUCACCUACAAAAAGAAUUGCUGAAAGUGUUUCUGAAGGAAUGCUAUUGGAUCAUUCAGUGUUAGCUGAGCCAAUAGUUGAACCUUCUUCUGCUGAACAAAGAGAAAAGCUUCCUGCAGACAUUACAGGAGAAAAAGAUUCAAGUAAUUUAAACUCUCCCCAAACCAUUUCAAAAUCAUUUUCUGUAGGAAUUUUUUCAGAUAUCAGUUCAGAAGGAAAAUCAAUGUUUCUAAAAGAGCCAAUUUUUCUCAAAAAGACACACAAUUCUAUCCCUGCAAUGCAUUAUGAAACUCCAAGAAACAAGGAUUUUAAAGAUGCAGGCCCUCUUCAUUCUGCAAAGUUUGGUAGUUAUGUAUUAGUGGAUAAUGGUUCUAAUACUAUUGGUUCUGAAAAAUCUACUAGUGAGAGAAAAGAAUUCGCCUCUGUCGUUGUUCGGAAAGGCUCUUCCAUCUUACCCAUAAUACGAAAUUUUGAAACUAGUAGAGUGGAGGGAGAUCUGAAUCUUAUUCGAAAGGAGGACAGCGGCGGUGGCGGCUUAGGUUCCAAUGUGACAUCAAAGGAAAGUUUUUCAUCGCACGGUAGCACAGAUAUAACUUGUAAGAAGCGCAAUGCUAAAACUAUGACCGGUGAUGGAAUCAAAACUUCCUAUGAAGGAGUCGAAAGAAAGAUCAACACGGUGGAUGACGAUGACAACGAAUACAGUAAUGAAGAACAUAAUCUUAGGAACGGACCUCUUCCUUCAACGAAAUUGCUUGAGAACUUGGGGAGGUUGGAAGAAGUUGUUGGAACAGAGAGGGAUGAAAAUAUGUUGGAGAGACCUUUGAAUGAACAGAUUGGAAGAGCUGAACACACUACAGCAGGUAAGAAGCACAAUUGUAGAAUUUCUUCUGAAGGAUCCGACGAUGAUGAUAAAGAAAAUGAAGAUGAAAGUCUUGGGGGAGAAUAUCUUCCAAACGAGCAGGGGACAUUAGUAAAAGUUGCUGAAACAUUGAAAAAUGACGAAAUUGCUUUACAGAGUCCUUCAAAUGAAAUUGUGGAAGCAUUAAAUUCGUGUUUUGACUGGGUAUGUCCGAUUGGAAUUCUGGGAAUCUGGACUCCGCGGCGUCUUUGUGUUACUACGGGGAGUAAACUGUUAAGAGAGAUUGCUGAAAUAUAUGGAUGUUCAUCCAUGCAAGAAGAUGACACUAAGCUUCAUUUAGAAAUUUGAUACAUUCAACAGAAAGAUGGAGAUGCAUAGUUACAUGACAAUGAAUGCAAGGUUCAAAUGGAAGCUUGAUUGAGCAGGUAACAUUCUCUUCUGCAGUUUUUAUUGGUAGUUAGAGGGAAAUUUAUACACAGCAGCACACAACUCUUAUGUAAUUACAUAAUCUCACACGUAAAUUUUCAUAUUUACAUAAAUAGCAUUUUGGUGCUUUAAACCUAUGGAUGAAAAGGUGUGUAUUUCACUUUUAAAAAGUCAUGAUAUUACUAUCUUUUAUGUGAUUAAAGAUUUGAGUGUGGUUAUGUGUAAAUAUGAAAGUUUUAGUGCGAGAUAUGUAAAUACAUAAGAAAUGUGUGCUAUAUAUGUAAAUGCCCAUCUUUUGGUCUGUCUAUGUGGACUUGUAAAUCCGAAACAAAAUAAUUUGUUUUAGCCUAAGGAUGAAAAAUCCACUUGUUCUAUUUUGUUUAUUGUCUAUUU